GAGAGCGGAGCCAGCGGAGGUAACACGGUCGGUCCCCCGUUCGAUCCUGAACCCAUGCAGGUGGGUAGAGCUCGGCUCUCCCGGGAGGAGAGAUUACACCGGAGAGAGAUGGGACUGUGUUUGUACUGUGGUGGAGCGAGACAUUUUCUAAAGGAAUGUCCCAUAAAAGACAGAGACCGACAGUAGGACCGAGGUUACUGUCGGGUGGUCUUUCCCUGGAGAAAUCCUCGUCUGCGACACUCCUCCCGGUGAGACUGCAGUGGGUAUCGGGGCAUCACAUCUGCCAGGCUCUGGUCGACUCGGGGGCGGAGGGCUGCAUCAUAGACCACGAUUUGGCCACGCGGCUGCACAUACCCAUCCACCCCCUGGAACAUGCCAUAUCUGUCAUCGCCCUUAACGGACAGAAGUUACCCACCAUCACACAUGCCACGAAGCCCUUAACCAUCAUCACAUCUGGUAAUCACACAGAACAGUUGUCAUUUUUCAUCUCCAGAUCUGCACUUCAUCCGGUCGUCUUGGGUCAUCUGUGGUUACUGAAACACAAGCCCAGGAUCGGGUGGGGCCAGGGGUCCGUGGCGGAAUGGAGCAACCAGUGUCAUGCGUCUUGUUUGUUGUCUGCUUGUUCUUCUGUGUCUCGUUCUGUGUUACAGGAGUCGGUGAAUCUGUCAAACGUGCCUGAGGAGUACCUCGACCUGAAGGAAGUGUUCGAUGCUGCUCCUCUGAAUGAUGAUGACGACAAGAUUAUCGGUGGAAUUGAGUGUGGUGUUCCAUACCAGGUUUCCCUGAACAGUGGCUACCACUUUUGUGGUGGCUCUCUGAUCAGCGACCUCUGGGUCGUGUCUGCUGCUCACUGCUACAAGUCACGUGUCCAGGUGCGUCUGGGUGAGCACAACAUUGAUGUCAUUGAGGGCACUGAGCAGUUCAUCUACUCCUCUAAGGUCAUCAGACACCCCAGUUACGACAGCUAUACUCUGGACAAUGACAUCAUGCUGAUCAAGCUGAGCAGUGCCGCCUCUCUGAACAUCUACGUUAGGACUGUUUCUCUCCCUUCAAGCUGUGCUCCAUCUGAUACCAGCUGCCUGAUCUCUGGAUGGGGAAACAUGAGUGCCAGUGGAAGCAAUUUCCCAAGCCGUCUGAUGUGCCUUUGGGUUCCUAUUUUGAGUGACUCCACCUGCAAAGGCGCCUACCCUGGUCAGAUCACCUCCAACAUGUUUUGCGCUGGCUUCAUGGAGGGAGGCAGGGACUCCUGCCAGGGUGACUCUGGCGGCCCAGUCGUGUGCAACGACGAGCUUCAGGGUAUUGUGUCCUGGGGUUACGGCUGUGCCCAGGAAAACCUACCUGGUGUCUAUGUCAAGGUCUGCAACUAUAACACCUGGAUCAGAAACACCAUGAGCUCCAACUAAUCUCCCGGAGUUUUUAGAGUCCAUAACUAUGGCAUGUUGCAAUAUAAUUUGGCAAACUAAAAUAAACAUCUGAUACCAAACAUUAAA